ACAGCACAGCACACAAUGUUAAACGAGGACUUCACACCAAGAGAGAACACAGUGGGAAUCACGAGCCUCUUUAUUUCAAAAUCAAAAAGCGCGGUGUGUGUAUGUACAGCGGGAAGAGUCAGUUUACAAAGUAGUCUUAUGAGUCAUCCUGUAAGCUUAGUGUACAUAGGGCUUGCUCUUCUUCCUCUAAAGAGUUUACGUUUGGUCGCCCUGCAAUAGAAAGAAAAUAGAAUGCAUUAGUAUAUCAUACAUAGCAAUUUCAACUCCGUUACACAACGUGUAUUUGACAUUGGCGCUCCUGAUCGGGUUUAUCUAUUAUCGCGGUAUUGGUUGUUUAGGCGUGAUUAGUGCCUCAAUAGUUUGUACCAAUGCAUACUGUGAUCGUCUGACAUCCAAACUGCUCAGUUCUACCGAGUUCAUAUACACUUUUUACGCAUAAUAAAGUUCUUAUUAUACCGGAACUUAAUCACGUUCGUCCACGUAUUCAGUAGUAGCUGCUAUGCAUGAAUACUACACUAUCACUUUCCGGACGGGCCAAAUCAUUAACACUUAAAACUUUCUCGCCGAGGUGUGGGUUUUUUCUAAAACCACAGAUUUUUGGUUCCUUUAUAAUAUUGCACUGUAAAAACUACUCGUUCUGGAAUUCGCUUUCAUUAAUAAGGAAUCCCAAAUUUUUUUUACGCAAUCCAAAUCAAAGUAUGUGUGCAGUAUGUGAUGCCCCCAAGUUUCAGACUGAUGUCAUGCCAAAGGUCCAAGAGUUCUACCGCCGACCAUUACCUCGUCAUUGCAUUCCUUUUAGUUCUCCUGAAGGAAAACACAUAUUUCGCGAGGCUUUAUUGUCUGGACAUAUGGAAAGCUACUUCUCUUUGGCUUCCCAAUUUUGCACACAAGUACGAUAAACCUGGUUACACAGUUUUUCUCAUGUAGAAUUGGAUUGUAAUGUAAAUUAAAUUUCAGUAUCCCUCUGGUUAUGUAGUAAUUGGACUACAUCUAAUGUACAGAUGACAUUUGUGGCCAAGAAGAACCUUCUUAUUGUGGACUAGCCAGUUUAGUUAUGAUUCUAAAUGCCUUAGGACUAGAUCCUGGACGUGUAUGGAAGGGACCUUGGCGUUGGUAUCAUGAAAAUAUGCUAACGUGUUGUUUACCACGGGAUGUACUAACUAAAGGAAUUACCCUAGAUGAUUUUGUCAAAAUUGCCCGUUGUUACGGUUUAGAUGUGGACCUACAUCGUGUUUCUCCUGAUACUUCACUGUCUUAUUUUCAAGAUGUGGUGAUCAAAAUGACUUCAGGGUCCUCUGAAGGUUAUCUUGUUGUCUGCUAUAGCCGCAGCGCUUUAGGCCAGACGGGUACAGGUCAUUUCGCCCCAGUAGGCGGUUAUCAUCCUGAUAGAGAACUUGUCUUUUUAUUUGAUACAGCUCGUUUCAAAUACCCACCUCAUUGGGUUUCUCUAACAAAACUGUGGUUUAGCAUGAGCCAAGUGGAUCCUGAUACACAACUACCCCGAGGUUUUGUUGUCCUUCGGAAGGCCGCAAUUCCAGUCUCCACAGAACAGCUGGUUAAAGCUCAAAAGGAACUUCGUCUAAGUUUUAGCAAAGAUACAAAUAAUGAUCACCAAGAUCAAGUAGUUAAUGGAUCUGUUUUAUGUUUAUUUGGAAUUUCUGACUGUGCCUACCAAGCUUAUUCGUCUCCAUCUGUCUUACGUGAUCCAAAUUCUACUGGUUACAAGUUAAAAUUAUUGGUAGAUCGAUGGGUUGAUUGGCUAAGAUGUGAUUCAGAAGUUCCCAACGAACUUUCAACACACUUUUGGUACGAAGCUUUGACAUAUCUGUUUAAUGAGAUCGACCAAUUAAGACCAACUAGUUUCUUUUUCGUCAUUCAUCCUUUCACGACUUCAUUAUCAGAUACUCAACUAAACAAUACUGAUAGUCAGUUUUUGAACUUUUCUACGCAUGAUAUAUUACGUGAUCUUAUUGGAUCAACACUCGGUCAUAUAGUUACUGAUUUCAUGUUGAAAAUGAACAAGGAAUACUUGACGUGGUUGACUUCUGACGGUACUUUUCGUUUGUCUAUCUCAACUCCAGAUUCUUGGACUAAACCCACUGACGAUUGCCCUUUCACGGUCUUAUCCGAUCCUGGGCUAAGAUUUUGCUUACUAACAGCCAGUUUUUUAUUGGCUUUCCCUUAUGACAAUUUUAUUUCGAAUCAUUUAUUAUUCGAUAGUUCAGUAUCGUCGUGUUUAUCAUCAUCUACUUGUGUAUCACGCCUUCAGAUAAUGAAAAAGUUAACAGAAGAUGUAAAACUAUUACCUACAACUCUCACUGAAUUACGUUUGCUACGGAAUACAUUGCAGUCUUUAAUGAAUACAAACAGAAAUCUCUGGUGUACAGGUUGUGUAGAGCAAAAGUGACAUGUUAUUUACACUUUUGGUAAACCCUUUUAUCUAGGUAUAUUCCUCUUUUCUAACCAGGAUUCCUAUUGAAUCUAACGUUCAGUUUCUUAUUGGUUAUAUGAUGCACUAUUUUCUUUGUCACCAACCAUGUUUUCUAACUCUAUUUAGUGACAUAUAUGACUGUUAAAUAAUGGAUAAGCGUUGCAGCUCAGGUGGAUGCUUUCAUUGUCGUUAUGGACAACAUCAGCGCCUACUCCACAUAAAACGGCAAUGAAAGCUCCGCAAUUAAACUAUCUAGCUUAAACAAUACAAAACACCCAAUAACAUAUUAUUUCUUGUUAAUUCCAAAUUUACCUGUUUAUUUACUAGAUUAAGAAUAAAAAAUUAUUUUCUUUUUUAUAAUAAUUAUCGCGUUUAUUGUCUUACUUGAUUGGUCUGUGUACAAAUUCUAAAUACGCGUUUACUGUCUUUGCUCUGGGUCUCUUUAUCAGAAUUGAUUUUCUGUUGUAUAAGAUUUAAUAUGAAUAAAUCUUUUAAAGAACUCGUGUGUUUUGUACUGAGCGCAUUUGCUUACUAGCUGACAAGCAGAGUAUGGGACUUGGCACAAGGCAUGAAUUCAAGUUGAGAAACUCCAUGUCGUCAAAUGCCCUAAUACAAGUGAGGGUUUAAACAGUCAUUGCUCCCUCUCGAAAUCCCCUUAAAUGACCAUACUUUCAUAGCCUCUGCCAGGGAAGUCAUA